GAAUGAAUAAGAAACCGAGGUGAGACGAUAUAAACCGGGCUCGAUGGGAGGGGGAAAGAGUAAGCUGGUCAGGCAUUAGGCAUUGGGCAUUGGGCGUUGGGCAACAUACAGAGAGACAAGGGGAAGGGAAGCUCAUGUCAUAGGUAGCCCCCAAACCCAACGAAAAGCAAAACAGAGAAAAGAAGACUUUGUCAAAUGAUGACGUAACCUUCAUCCAUUCAUCCCCAUUCCAGAUUCCACCCUCCCAAUUCCCACUACAUCAUCAACCCUUCCUAACCUUCCAAACUCGUCGGACAAUUCUCAUUUUUCUUUUAACAAAAAGGAUACUCUUCUUCUUUUACUUUUUUCCUUACAAAUUCUCCCAAUUGGGCAUCUUUUUUUUUUUUAAUAGGGAUGGAUGUGGGUAUCAAUCGUAAGGGGGGAAUCAUGAAUCAAUUGUGAGAUUCUGUGAGUGGUGGAGAUUUGGGUUUUCUCAACUUUGCCUUGUCUUUUAUUCUUCUUGAUGGAUAAUCACCGCACUUAACUAGUUAUAUGUAUAAAAAAAAGGUGCUAAAUUGAUAAUCAGUAGUGAAAUAAUAAUUAAGAAUAAUAAUAAUUUAAAAAUGGGGAAUGUCAAUGGAAGAGAAGAUGGGAAUAGCAGCCCAUCAGGGUUUGACGAUGAAGGAGGUAACAGUGUUCACGAAGCUACGGCUGCAGCUAUGGGUCACUCACCUCCUCACAGCCCCACAGCCACCCACUCUCCUCUCAUGUUUACUCCUCAGGUUCCAGUUGUUCCCUUGCAAAGAUCUGAUGAGAUACACACACCAAGCCAAUCAUGGUUGCAGGCUACAAUAGGAUAUGAGGAUGGCUGCACUGAGAAGGGAAUUCCGACAAUGAUUACAUGGGGAUAUGGUGGCAAAGAAGUAGCUGUUGAGGGGUCAUGGGAUAAUUGGAAGACAAGAAUUCCUUUGCAGAGAUGUGGAAAAGACUUCACUAUUAUGAAAGUGUUACCAUCAGGUGUUUACCAGUAUAGGUUCAUUGUUGAUGGACAAUGGAGGUAUGCUCCUGACUUGCCAUGGGCACAAGAUGACAUGGGCAAUGCUAACAACAUUUUGGACUUGCAAGAUUAUGUUCCGGAAGAUCUUGAGAGUAUAUCUAGUUUUGAACCUCCUCAGUCCCCCGAGUCGAGCUAUAAUGACUUGCCACUUGGAGCUGAAGAUUUUGCUAAGGAGCCACCACUAGUUCCUCCACACCUACAACUGCCACUGCUUAAUCUGCCUGCAUCUCAGAUGGAGAUUCCACCUCCUCUGUCAAGACCUAAGCAUGUAAUUCUUAAUCAUCUCUACAUUCAAAAGGGGAAGAGUGGCCAACCUGUGGUGGCACUUGGUUCAACUCAUCGAUUUUUAGCCAAGUAUGUGACUGUGGUGCUCUACAAGCCUGUGCAGCGGUAGUAUUAGAUGGUGACUAUGUGGACCUUGUAGUCUCCAAUGAUCGUGUGGUUAAUAUAAGUAUCACAGUGUUGAUGUUGUGUCGAUGAAUUAAGUAGCUUAGGAAGGAGCCACCAUAUGAAAACUUUGAAGAUUCUAUUUUUACCUAGGGAAAUAUUUCGUGAUCAUUGAUCCAUUAAUAGUUAUCCUUGUUCUUGUUGGGCAAAGUUAUGAGAAAUAUGCUUUUUUUUUUUUUUAAUUAUCCAUGCUAAG